GUAGAGUCAUAGUUAGUAAUAUAUAAGAUUCUAACAAAUCCUCCUCGAUUUUAAAACAAGUCUCUACCAAUAUCUUCUUGAUGUCUUCCAAAAAGUUAAUCAAAGUAGAAAUGAAAGAUUAGAAACAGUAAAUAGCGGAAAAUGACGAAGGGACAGGUCGACUUCCCAGAUAUCAUUAACCUAAAUGUUGGUGGGCAUUAUUAUAUCACAAAACGAUCCACGUUAACUAAAGACAAUGAGUCCAUGCUCGCGGCUAUGUUUAGUGGUCGACAUACUAACGAUAAGGACAGCGAAGGACGAUACUUUAUUGAUCGCGAUGGGACGUAUUUUGGCUACGUUCUUAACUUUCUAAGAGACAAUCUUGAGAUGCCACCAGCGUCCGUCGCUUUACAGGUUUACAAAGAAGCACAAUUUUAUCAGAUCAGAAGUUUGAUUGAGAAACUCGAGCGAAGUGCACAAAUAUUCGCUAUAAAACUCGACGAGGCAAAGAAGUCGCGCCUGGGCAACUCAUUCACGAAGUGGAAAAACACCAUUGUUUCAAAAGCUCAGGAAAAGAGCUUAACAAACUUAACGUCAUCCAGUAGGAUCAAUUUUAUUUCAAAAGAUGAUCACAAUUCACUCGUAAAUCUAACUGAUUGCUUGGGAGAAAUGGAACACUUCAUCGUGAUUCGUUCUGAAAUCGAGAAAAAUUUACCAGUUCAAGAUCAAAGCUUCGAAAGCUUACGAAAUCGACUAGCGAUCGACCCUGAUGUUAUCGUAGAUAUCGCGCAAAGUGACAUGGGAAUGUUUGUAGGAACUCUUCAAGAGGACCUUAAUCGAGAAGGAUAUUCGUUCAAAAUCUGGACAAGCCAAAUGUGCUGCAAAAACGUGAAAAGGAUUAUGAAUGUGUGCGUUGAGAAGUGCGAAUUAAGUGCAAAUGAGUAUUUUGUCCAAUUUGAAUGGGGUUUGCCAAAAGAAGAAAAUAAGUAUGAGAAUAAUGAUUCAUAAAUAACGUUGAUAACUUGAUAAAGGCCGUCGACUGUACAGAAAAAAAAAACAUUAGACUUGCGCCUGUUCUGACAAGACCGUUCAAAUUGCUCGAUAGAGUAAAAUCCGUUCAGCUACCCUGGAUGAUCUUCGUCAACUUGUUCUGCCGAUAGGCGACAUGGGUUUUACUGUAUUUCGCGAUUUGAUCAAAGAAAAUGUCUGUCGUUGUGAUAGAGUAAAAAAAAAUUCCUGACACCAAAUAUUGCAUUUAUCCUAAUAAUACUGGUGACUAAACGUCUAUACUUAAAUAACACACAAAAAAUUGGCUUAGCAAACUCCAAAUAUUUGUUCUUAUCCUUUUCUUUAUUUUUUAAAAGUAAAUAAACGUGUUUUUCACAUCCA